UCUGCUUCAAAACCAACGGCGGCUGCAGGGCCGGGAGUAGUGGGAUUAAAGGGCCGGUAGCAGUGAUCUCGGCCGGUAACAAGUGCUGGUUUCUCCAGUUAUACAAUAACAUACAUUUAACCAUGGCACAAAUAGCCGGUAAGCCUAUACAAAAGCUGACUACGGCUGCUCCCGAUGCAGUUAAACCCCCGGUCUCAUCGUCCUCAUCGCUUGCAGCAGUAAAGGAGAUACCCGAAAUUUUAGUUGAUCCCCGCACCCACCGCCGGUUUCUGAGAGGCCGUUUUCUAGGCAAAGGAGGUUUUGCCAAAUGUUACGAGAUCACCGAUUUAGAGACCCGGGAGGUCCUGGCCGGCAAGAUCGUGCCCAAGAGCUUACUGCUCAAGCCGCAUCAGAAGGACAAGAUGACCAUGGAGAUCGCCAUUCACCGCAGCCUGUCACAUAAGCACGUUGUGGGCUUUCACGGAUUCUUCGAGGACAGUGACUUUGUAUUUGUAGUGCUGGAGCUCUGCAGGCGGAGGUCUCUAUUGGAGUUGCACAAGAGAAGGAAAGCAGUUACAGAACCAGAAGCCAGAUACUAUUUGCGGCAGACAAUUCAGGGCUGUCAGUAUUUGCACAGCAAUCGUGUCAUUCACAGGGAUCUGAAACUUGGGAACCUCUUCCUUAAUGAUGACAUGGAAGUCAAAAUAGGUGACUUUGGGCUGGCAACCAAAGUGGAAUUUGAUGGGGAGCGAAAGAAAACUCUUUGUGGGACCCCAAAUUACAUUGCACCUGAAGUUUUGGGCAAGAAGGGACACAGUUUUGAAGUGGACAUAUGGUCCCUAGGAUGCAUCAUGUACACGCUGCUGGUUGGAAAGCCUCCCUUUGAGACAUCAUGCCUGAAAGAGACUUACCUGCGGAUUAAAAAGAAUGAGUACACUAUUCCCAAGCACAUUAAUCCUGUAGCUGCAGCACUUAUACAGAAAAUGCUUCGCUCAGACCCUAAAACCAGGCCCACUAUUGACGAGUUGCUGAAUGAUGACUUUUUUACAACUGGCUACAUUCCUAACCGGCUCCCCACUACCUGCCUCACUGUGCCUCCCAGGUUUUCAAUUGCUCCAAGCAGCAUUGAUCCCAGCUUACGGAAGCCACUCACUACAAUUAAUAAAGGGCAGGAAUCUCCUCUUGUUGAGAAGCCGAUGGCUGUAAAGGAUGAAGAUGUCCCCCCUGAGGGAACGGAGCCCGCAGACUGCUACCUGUCUGAUAUGUUGCUGCAACUCACAAGUGUUAAUGCUGCAAAGCCAUCAGAGAGGGCAACUAUCCAACAAGAGGAAGCAGAAGAUCCCGCUUGUAAUCCAAUAUUCUGGGUUAGCAAAUGGGUGGAUUAUUCUGACAAGUAUGGAUUAGGUUACCAGCUCUGUGACAACAGUGUAGGCGUUCUCUUCAAUGACUCAACACGGUUGAUAAUGUAUACUGAUGGAGACAGCCUGCAAUAUAUUGAGCGCAAUAAUACAGAGUCUUAUCUCAAUGUGCGUUCGUACCCUGCUGCUUUAACAAAGAAGAUUACGCUGCUAAAGUACUUCCGUAACUACAUGAGCGAGCACCUUCUUAAGGCUGGUGCGAACAUCACUCCUCGGGAGGGUGACGAGCUGGCUCGCUUGCCCUACCUGCGUACUUGGUUCAGGACGCGGAGUGCAAUUAUCCUCCAUUUGAGUAAUGGCACCGUUCAGAUCAACUUUUUCCAGGACCAUACAAAAAUCAUCCUUUGCCCACUUAUGGCUGCUGUCACUUACAUAGAUGAGAAGCGGGAAUUCAGGACAUACAAACUGAGCGCAAUUGAGGAGUUUGGCUGCUGCAAAGAGCUGGCCAGUCGCCUGCGCUAUGCACGAACAAUGGUGGAAAAGUUGCAAAGCUCAAAAUCUGGCUCUGCACGUGUAAAAAGCGCAGCGUAGCUGGACUUAUAAACUCUGGACAAUACCUUUUCCAGGCUGCUUGAGGACUGGAAAUUUAACACUUUAUCCCCUUCUCCUGCUAAAGUAUUAGAAGGGUUAACCCUUGCUGUGGUAGCAUUGGGCUGUGAAUUUUAAGAUGUAUUUGAAAAGCAACAAGAAACAUAUUAAAUUACCCCCCCCAAACUGUACAGUUCACUUAUUUCCCCCCUGUUUCUGCAGUUCUGACUGGUGCUUUCUAUUUGACAUCAUGACACAACGCCGGCUUUUACUGAGCUGCAUAUGUACUUAUGUCCUGUCUGCUAUAUUUGUUACUAAAUGUUUAUAUGGUGUCUGGUUUUAAUGUAAAAAUGCCAAACUUAAUCGUUUUGUAUAUUAAUAGCAAAUUAAAGUUUUGUAAAUCCUG